ACCCGCCGGAGCCACCGAUUUCUCGCCGGUAAUUCCCUCUGAACAUCUUUCCUUUCUUCAUCGCUUGCUAGAUGAUAGCCGGCGUGAGCAUCUCAAAUUUCCCCUAUUUCUUGUAAACGGCGGCUGAAAACUUAGAAGAGAACUCAAAUGCUUCGAGCUUUAGCUGAUCAUCCCGGCGGUUUCUAGAUCUGAGGGGGGCAGUUGAUGUGAAGCGAAACGUUGAUGGUAGUGGACGGACGAGAGUGUGUGAUUUCGAUUGAUAAUGACCGGAGAUUACAGCUGUGUCUGGUGGCGGUGCUGGUGGUGGUCCGGUGAAUCCGUCACAUGGAAUGGCAGAUCUUGUUAGCUACGGGAACGCCGAUCGUGACAUUGAGCAGGCAUUAAUUGCUCUGAAGAAGGGUGCUCAGUUACUUAAAUAUGGUCGCAAGGGGAAGCCCAAAUUUUGUCCGUUUAGACUUUCCCAUGAUGAAUCGUCUUUAAUUUGGAUUUCCGGCAGUGGUGAAAGGAGCUUGAAAUUAGCCUCAGUCUCUAGAAUUAUUCCUGGACAAAGAACUGCUGUCUUCCGACGUUAUCUGCGUCCUGAAAAGGACUAUCUUUCAUUCUCUCUUAUAUACAACAACGGCAAACGAUCUCUUGAUUUGAUCUGCAAAGAUAAAGUUGAGGCUGAAGUGUGGAUAGCGGGCCUCAAAGCACUCAUUUCAUCUUGGCAAGGAGGGCGUUCGAAAAUUGAUGGAUGGAGUGACGGAGGCCUUUACCUUGACGAUAAUAAAGAUUUAGCAUCAAACAGUGCAAGCGACAGUUCAGUUAGUGCUCCUCGAGAUUUUAGUUCCCCAGACGUUUCUGUUAGUUCAAAUCCAACUACUUCUCCCAAGAGUUAUCCUCCAGGGAGUUCCAUUAAUUUUGAGAGGUCGCAUGCAGUUUUGGACCAAACAAAUAUGCAACUUAAAGGCUCUGGUUCUGAUGCUUUUAGGGUCAGUGUUUCAAGUGCUCCUAGUACCUCUAGUCACGGAUCUGGCCCUGAUGACUGUGAUGCUUUAGGGGAUGUGUAUAUAUGGGGCGAGGUAAUCUGCGACAACAUUGUCAAGCUAGGUCCAGACAGAAGUGUGAAUCCUUCGAGUACAAGAGCAGAUGUGCUUCUGCCCAGACCUUUAGAAUCCAAUGUGGUUUUGGAUGUUAAUCAUAUAGCCUGUGGAGUGAGGCAUGCUGCCCUCAUAACUAGGCAAGGUGAACUCUUUACAUGGGGUGAGGAAUCUGGAGGAAGGCUCGGCCACGGUGUUGGAAAAGAUGUUACUCAGCCUUGUUUAGUUGAAUCUUUGGCUGUUUCCAAUGUUGAUUUGGUUGCGUGUGGUGAAUUCCACACUUGUGCUGUUACAUCGCUUGGCGAGAUGUAUACAUGGGGUGAUGGCACACAUAAUGUUGGACUUCUUGGGCAUGGUACAGAUGUCAGUCAUUGGAUACCUAAAAGAAUUGCUGGUCCACUUGAAGGACUUCAUGUUGCUUCAGUAACCUGUGGUCCAUGGCAUACUGCCUUGAUAACGUCAACCGGACAACUUUUUACCUUCGGCGACGGUACAUUUGGUGUUUUAGGUCAUGGCGAUAGGGAAAAUGCCUCGUAUCCUAGGGAGGUAGAAUCACUUUCGGGGUUGAGGACAAUCGCCGUUGCUUGUGGAGUAUGGCAUACGGCUGCUGUAGUGGAUGUUAUCGUAACACAGUCUAGUUCAAGUGUUUCUUCUGGAAAACUAUUUACUUGGGGUGAUGGAGAUAAAAACCGUCUUGGCCAUGGUGACAAAGAACCUCGGCUUAAACCCACAUGUGUGCCAGCGCUCAUUGAUUACAAUUUUCACAAAGUGGCAUGUGGGCAUAGUCUAACUGUAGGUUUGACCACAUCAGGACAUGUUUACACAAUGGGAAGCACCGUUUAUGGUCAGCUUGGAAAUCCUCAAUGUGAUGGGAAGCUACCUUGCUCAGUAGAAGGUAAGCUGGUCGGUUCGUUGAUUGAAGAGAUCGCUUGUGGUGCAUAUCAUGUGGCCGUUUUGACCUCAAAGAACGAGGUAUAUACAUGGGGCAAGGGAGCUAAUGGGAGAUUAGGCCAUGGAGAUAUUGAAGACCGUAAAACACCAACUAUCGUUGAAGCUUUGAAAGAUAGACAUGUUAAGUAUAUUUCUUGUGGUUCAAACUACACAGCUGCCAUUUGUGUUCAUAAAUGGGUCUCUGGUGCCGAGCAAUCUCAAUGCUCAUCAUGUCGGCAGGCUUUUGGGUUCACAAGAAAGAGGCACAACUGUUAUAAUUGUGGACUUGUGCACUGCCAUUCAUGUAGUUCAAGGAAAGCACCAAGAGCAGCCUUGGCUCCUAAUCCUGGAAAACCAUAUCGUGUAUGUGAUUCCUGUUUUACGAAGUUAAGUAAAGUGGCCGAAACUGGGAUGAAUGGCAGACGAAAUGUUAAACCCCGACUAUCGGGUGAGAACAAGGAUAGGCUAGACAAGGCCGAGAUAAGAUUAGCGAAAUCCGGGGUGCCUUCCAAUCAAGAUCUGAUCAAGCUGUUAGAUAACAAAGCAGCUAAACAAGGGAAGAAAUCGGAUACAUUUCUUCUAGGCCGCUCGUCUCAAGCUCCAUCCUUGUUGCAGCUCAAAGAUGUUGUGUUGUAUACGGGUGGUGAUUUCCGCCGAACGAUUCCUAAACCGGUUCUUAUUCAAUCUGGUGUUAGUUCCAGGUCUGUGUCGCCAUUCUCGAGGAAACCCAGUCCUCCACGUUCAGCAACACCUGUUCCUACAACGUCAGGGCUUUCUUUUUCCAAAGGUGUCGCCGAUAGUUUGAAGAAAACAAACGAGCUCUUGAAUCUAGAAGUUGUUAAAUUGCGUGGGCAGGUUGACAGCAUGAGGCAUCAAUGUGACAGUCAAGAAUUAGAGCUUCAAAAAUCAAGAAAUAAAGCUCAGGAAGCUAUGAUGUUGGCUGCCGAAGAAUCUGCCAAAUGUAAAGCAGCUAAAGAUGUGAUAAAAUCUUUGACAGCACAGCUCAAGGAUAUGGCAGAGAGAUUGCCACCUGGAUCCUACGACUUCGAGAGCAUCAGAUCAGCAAAUGGCUUGGAACAGAAUGGAGUUCAUCACUUUUCUGAUGCAAAUGAAGCCGGUAAAUCGAUAUCAAAUGGAUUACUGGGUCCCACUGCAGAAACCGAGGAGCCUAUGGGGUAUAAUAGUCGUAGCCCGGAGUCCAUGAUCUCUAAUGGAAAUGGAGUAGGGGAGCAAAUGGGGGCCAACAAUUUUUUGCCAGAUGCAGUUGAAAGCACGGAUUCUGUUCCACCAAGAGAUGAGAUGAACAAUGGUUUUAAACCUAGGAGUCCAGUGUCUGCUGUCACUACUACAACUGCAACUACUAAUCAAGUUGAGGCCGAAUGGAUUGAACAAUAUGAGCCUGGUGUGUACAUAACCCUAGUGGCUCUCCGUGAUGGAACUAGAGAUCUCAAAAGAGUGCGCUUCAGCCGCAGGAGAUUUGGGGAGCACCAGGCGGAGACAUGGUGGUCGGAAAACCGUGAACAAGUUUAUGAAAGAUAUAACGUACGUGGAUCCAACAAGACAUCAUCAGUUUCUACUACAACUGCCUCCCGGAGGUCAGCCGAAUCCAAGUAUUAAAAUCAACACCACCCCAUCCCCCCGAUUUUUUUAGCUUUUAUCUAUAUAUUAUUUUUGUAAUUUACGUUCAGUUGGGGGGUUCCAAAAAUUGAAUUUAUUGAAUUAACUGCUCGCUCCUAAUGAACCAUAAUCGUUGCAUGAGUUACUAAAUGGUCGGUUAGGUUAUUUAAAAGACCCGUCUUUAUGAACUGGGUUCAGCUCCGUUCUUAAAGUGACCCAUUGGCAACGCCUAUAUAACAUUUGCUCUUUUUUGAGGAGGUUC